UCUUUCUCGGAUCCAGCGUCUAUGAGAUCCAGACCUGAGCGCUCCGAGGCCAGCAAAAUUGCCUGGCGGCGCGGCACCAUCAAAGAAUCAAACCCAGUUUCUCUUGCAGACCUCCAACUAUGGAUGACACCUGCCGCCAUUAAAACUAUCAAGCAAUUAAAAUGGCUCCUUGCGCCAUUCCAUUUCCAUCCCCUUCUAACCACUCUUCUAUCUCCAUCCGUUCCUCUCCCAGCCGUUCCAAGGCCCUCCUCCCUCUUAACCUCAGCCCAAUUAGAAGCUCCAGCACUCACUCCACAGGCAUCGGCAAUCACGAGAGGCGAAAGAAAGCGACGCCCAUCGAUCCCCUGCUCCUCCCCCCUCCCACCCCCUUUGAUGCCGCUCGCGCACAGGACUAUGCCGGAGCCACCAAGUCCGGCCUCGCCGGAGAGGCCGGCCUCUCCUUUCGACGCCAGGAGUGCGGCGGCGCCGCCUCUUUUGCAAACACUGCUCGCCUGUUCGACGGAAUGCCGCACAGAAAGGCCCCGCUCUACGCAUCGAUGAUUGCCUCCCAUGGCCGGUCGCGGAGGUGGGAAGACGUGCUUUUGGUGUUCGUUCAAAUGCUAAGAGAUGGCGCCGUGCCUGAUAAGUUCCUCCUCCCGAAGAUCCUCAAGGCCUGUUCUGAGCUCGGGAACCUAAGGAUGGGCGCCGCGGUUCAUGGGUACAUGGUGAGAGCUCGUUUGGAGCUCGACGUUUUCAUAGGCAAUUCCUUCAUUGAUAUGUAUGCAAAAAGCGGCGAUCUUGCCUCAUCGCGGGCCGUCUUUGAUCGGAUGCCUGAGAAGGAUGUCGUCUCGUGGACUGCCCUUGUGAAUGCCUAUGCUGAUGCUGGGCUUCUGGAUGAGGCGUCCCAGGAGUUCGAAUCAAUGCGGGCUAAUGGGAUUGCCCCGGAUUUGAUCUCGUGGAAUGCUUUGAUUUCUGGGUUUGCUCGGAAUGGGGAGAUUGAUGCGGCCCUCCAUCUUUUGGAGGAGAUGAGAGCGAGUGGGCCCAAGCCUGGUGCCAAUUCUUGGAACGGAGUGAUCUCAGGAAGUGUUCAAAAUGGGAAAUUUGAGGAUGCUUUGGAGGUUUUCCGUGGAAUGUGCUUACAUGAGAAUCCAAAUGCGGUAACUGUAGCAAGUAUUCUCCCUGCCUGCUCUGGUUUGCGGGGGCUGAAUCUUGGCAAGGAGCUGCAUUCAUAUGUCAUCAAGAAGGGGGUUCAGAUGAAUGUUUUUGUGGGUGGUUCACUGAUUGAUAUGUAUCGGAAGUGUGGAAAAUUUGAGUAUGCAGAGAGGUUAUUUUUGGAGCUUGAGAACAAGAAUGAGACAGUGUGGAACGAAAUGAUUGCUGCAUAUGCCGACGAGGAUAGAAUGAGUGAGGCACUUGAGCUUUUUCGGUUGAUGCAGGAAGAUGGACUGAAGCCUGAUGUAAUCACCUACAACACUGUUCUUGCUGCAUAUGCAAGAAAGGGGCAAAAAGAUGAAGUAUUUAGGAUGUUUUCCAAGAUGAGUGACAUGGGUCUGAAACCUAAUGUCAUCUCUAUGAAUGCACUUGUAUCCGGCUUCCAUCAUUCUGGGCUUACUGGCAAGGCUCUGGAAAUUUUUCGAGCUAUGCAGUUGCCUGCAAUGCCCAACAUGAACAACUAUGAGCUUCCUAUUAAAAUGCUGCAGUUAUCAAUUCAACCAAAUUCUGUCACCAUAACCUCGGUCCUCUCGGUUUGCACUGGCCUCGAACUACAUCAUCUAGGAAAGGAAGUCCAUGGCUAUGUACUGAGAAAUUGUUUUGAAUCUAACAUUUUUGUUUCAAGUGCAUUGGUUGACAUGUAUGCUAAGUGUGAGGAUAUGACUUCUGCAACCAAGGUGUUUCGUGAAAUCAGAGAUAAAAAUACUGUGUCUUGGAACAUUCUGAUGGCAGGUUACAACCACAAUGGUGAGCCAGAAGCUGCUCUGAAACUAUUUCCAGAAAUGCUCGAGCAAAACUUUCUUCCUAGUUCAAUUACUCUCAUGAUCCUUCUGCUGGCUUGCAGCAACACAGCAGCUCUGAGGUUGGGGAGAGAAUUACAUGGCUACAUUGAGAAAAACAAACCUGAUGGGUACCCGGUUAUUCUUGCAAGUGCAUUGAUAGAUAUGUAUGCCAAAUGUGGUAGUAUUGCAGAUGCCAGAGUAAUAUUUGAUUGUAUAAGUCAGAAGGAUGUAGCAGUAUGGAAUGCAAUGAUGGCUGGUUAUUCACUUCACAGGAUGGCCAGAGAUACUGUUGCCUUGUUUAACGAGAUGGAACAAUCUGGCAUUAGGCCAGACCAUGUUACCUUCACUACAGUUCUUUCAGCCUGCAAUCAAGAAGGAUUUCUGGAUGAAGGUUGGAAAUAUUUCAAAAUAAUGGAGGAUGUCUAUGGUGUUGCUCCUACCUUGGAGCAUUUCACCUGUAUGGUUGAUAUUAUGGGCACCGCUGGUUUACUAGAAAAGUCAGUGAACGUUAUUAGAGGAAUGCCCUUUGAACCUGAUGCUUGUGUGUGGUCUACCCUUCUCAAAGCCUGUAGGCUACAUUCUAAUUAUGAGAUAGGACGGAGAGCUGCAAGUGCUCUAUUUGAGUUAGAGCCUACAAAUGCUUCAAACUACAUUGUACUCUCCAAUAUCUUUGCCAUGGCUGGCAUGUGGGAUUCUGCUAUGAAUAUAAGGAAUGCCAUGGAGGAUCGUGGUCUAAAGUUGGUCAACGCAUGCAGCUGGAUACAUAUAGGUAGGAGAGUUCACUCAUUUAAAGCAGGAGAUCGCUCACAUCCAGAAAUUGAUAAGAUUUUGGGUGUUUGGAACAAGUUUGCUGGUAAAAUGAGACAAGCUGGUCAUGUUCCUCAGGAUGUCAUGUUCUGUGAUGAUGGCAAAAUUGAUCCUUUUGCUUGCUACCAUACUGAAAAGCUUGCAGUUUGUUUGGGAAUCAUCUCUUUGCAUACACGCUGUCCAAUAUGUGUCUUGAAAAAUGUCCGCAUGUGCGUGGACUGUCAUACAUCAAUAAAGUUCAUUUCCAAAAUUGAUGGACGAGAUAUUCUUGUGAAAGAUGGAUGCUUGUACCACCAUUUCAAGGAUGGCAUGUGCAGCUGUAACGAAAUGUGGUGAAUUAGCAACUAGUAGAAGCUGAAAUGGACAAUCGACCUUGUGAUUUAUAAGAGGUCAUUAUAAUGAAGGUGCUAUUUUCAAAGGCUUAUAUGUGUAAUGUAUCUUGUCCAGAGCUUUUGAUGCAUCUGUAUUGGAUGAUGAUCAACAACCUGGUACAUGAAACCAAGAUUGGAAAGUAGAAUGUCUAUGUUACAAUUAUGUGGCAAAUUUGGUACCAUUGGAAGAGAUGUAAGUCUUGCUUAUCUUGACUUUUGGAGGCGACAGAGUAGAAUAUAAUUGAAGACAUCCGGGAACAAGACCUAGAGGAUAUUUGAUUCAAGAGGAUGCAGGUGGCGAAUGUUAUCAUGAACUUGUUUCACACACCAAUGUUUAUGCUGCUUCAUUGAGAAUGAUAUGGGUCAAGAGGAGAUUAUGCAUUUCUAGUUAUGCGACAAUCAAACGUAGAGCAAACUAACAUACAAUAUCUACUAGACUCUCUUGAUUUGACAACUUUCAGCUGACUUUUCUGACUGUUAUUUCGUUUUUGGAUCUAGAUCUGGCAUAAGCUUCCAGAUAUCUUAUUGGGCCAUGGAUUGGCUGCGAACUCUGUGACCUGGAACCUAGCAAAGCGCCACAUGAUGGCAUCAGCAAGUUCUGACCCCGUGGUUCCAAAAUGAUGGCUAGCAGAAAGUGCAAUCACCUCGAUUUUAGUUGCAUCACCUAAAUUCUUUUCCAUGGAAGAAUCGUUCAGUGUGAAGUACAGAUUGCCCUUCACUUUUCAUAUUCUUUUCUACGCUUUGUCAUAUAAUAUCAAAGUUUGCACACCAGAAACCUAUGUUUGUAUUGGGCCUGGUCAUGCUAUUGAACAUUGUUAAUACACCUGCGUGUUGCUUCACCUGAAUUCUUUCCCUUGUGAAAAAUUGUGCAGGUUCCAAAUGCAUAAUGUUGUUCA